CUUCUUGGAAUGGCUAGGGCGGGGCGGGCGAUCUAUGGCGCUGUAUAGCCACCACCAGGUAUGGGCAUGGCUAUUUAGGCAAGGGUCCAAGUAGUUCCACCGCCGCCGCCCGCUGCUUUCCCAAGAUCCAAGAAAGGAAUGGGGUGCUCGUCAUCCAAGAAUGUGGAUGUCUACCAUGGCAGCAAAGCGCAGCCUCUUGCUCGAUCUCCCGUUGACGAUGCGCACCUCGUCGCCCUCACAUCCAGCACGUAUGGAUUCUUGCGGGUGGAUUCGCACAAGAAAUCUUCGUCCGAGGAAGCAGCGGCUGUGGCGGACGAUCCGGUGAACGAGGUGUAUCAGAAGAUGAUGAGCUUGGAUUCGGGGGGCUCACAGUUGCCGCAGUCGUGGUCGGAGGUGAACAGUGUUCUCACGCAGCUUAAGUCGCAGGCGCAGCACAAGAAAACCAGCGCCAGUGCUCUUUCCGGGAGAGUCGAGCCCGAGACCGUGGAUGUUUUGAAGCUGCUCCAGAGUGUGGAGGAGGCACCACCGAAAGCUCCGAAAGCUCCAGCUCCAGCAGCAGCGUCUCCGCCGUCGCAGCCCAAGCGAGAGUUUUCGGUGAUCCACACUCUGGAAGAAGUCGACCAGCUCGCGCACUCCAACUCGGCUGCCUCUCAAGACAGCGACACCGAAAGCGAGGAGGAUUUCUUCCGGCACAGCAGCAUGCCAAACGGCCGGUCGAGCGGCGGCGCGAAUGCAACCAACAGGUUCUCGAUGAGCUCGGUGGUGAGACGCCCCGAUAGCAGGUCCAAGGUGCCGAGCAAGGCGUCGAGAUCAUUGUCGACGUAUGGCGAUGGUGGUGGUGGUGGCGACGCUGGUCGACAAGUGGAUAGUACGCUGUUUGAUGCCGAGUUCCUCGAGUCAUUCAGGGAGGCUUUCGAGCAGUUGUCGACAGGCGUUUCCGCUGCUGCUACUGCCGCGGCGGGGAAGCAGGGACUUUCCCAGCCUCGGCCGAAGGUGUCAGUGGCGGCAAAGAGCAAGGCCAUGGUCCCUUCUCAAGCAGCAAAUCGCCAAGACAGGAGUAAGGUGGCGGCGCCGCCUGCAAUGCCAGUAUCAGAUCGCGAAGAAGAAGAAGCCGAGCAGCAAGCAAGUCGUGGCCGCGGAGAGACAAGGACGGAUUCGAAGGCUGGCACAGUGCAGAGCAAGGUGGCGGAUUGGAACAAGAAGAACCAAGCGGCGGAUCGAAGCUACAGCAGCAAAGCCGCUCCUCCUGCUCCACCACCACCACCACCACCACCACCAGCUAUGGAGAUCGAUUUGCUGCAACACUGUCCAAAGAGAUGCCCCCCGGAUGGCGAGAACAAGGCGGUGCUCUACUCUACCAGCUUGCGGGGCAUCCGCAAGACGUUCGAGGACUGCAACACGGUGAGGAACAUCCUCCACAGCACCAACGUGGAGUUGGACGAGCGGGACGUGUCCAUGGACUCGCAGUUCCGGCAGGAGCUCAAGGAUCUCAUGGACAAGCCGGUGCCGGUGCCGCGGCUCUUCAUCAAGGGGCGCUACAUUGGCGGCGCCGAGGAGGUGGUGGCGGCGCACGAGAGCGGCGCGCUGGCCAGGAUGCUCCACGGCCUGCCGCACGGCAACCUGAGCAAGGACUGCGAUGGCUGCGGCGGCGUGCGAUUCAUCCCCUGCACGGAUUGCAGUGGCAGCUGCAAGAGCGUCGGCGCCGACGGAGGCGUCGUCAAGUGCCCGGAAUGCAACGAGAAUGGCUUGGUUCGCUGCCCGAUAUGCUCGUGAUCGUGAUAGAGUGAGUAUAUAUAUAAAAGAGAGAGAGGAAGUUUCUAGGGUUCUUAGCUAGGGCUCUUGGCCGCCUCUUCGUUAAUCCCAGCCACGGCUUUCUUUCUCGCCGUGUCUGAUUCAUCAGAGGCGCAUAGCAAACCAGAUCUGCAAGUUUCGCUGACAGCACCCGAUUCACCGCUGGGUGUCUAUCUGAUAGUAGCUUCGCAGACAUUCACCUCAGUCACUGGCACUGGAAUUUCUCGACUCUAGCGUACUAGAAUCAAUCCAUCGAUGUCCUUGUUGGCCUUGAAUCCAAUUAAUACAAAAGAAAAGUUCUCGAUUC